GAGAAAGUGAAAACCCUAGAAAUCUACCCAUCUAAGAAGACGAGAGAAUUACCGUCCGGGCUUGGAAUUGGGGUUAUAAUUUUCCCGCGGGUAAAUAAAUAACCAACCAUGGUUCUGAAUGAGGAUGUGAUCAACAGUCGGCAACGUAUACAGAACACCAAGACAUUGAUCUGUGCUCUGAAUCUCGUCUCAAGAAAUCUACCUCUUCCACAGGAUAUAUUCGAUACCCUCAAUUCUAUCUACUCUCCAGAUCAUGAGGAUGGUGGUGAUCUUGUUGUUGACAGAGAUUCAAUUGCGGAGAAAACUAGGGUUUCUGGUCAUAAUUUGGUGGUGGUUCAAGAGAAUGUCGCCGGUGGUGGUGGUGUCAGAGAUGAUGGUCUUCAGAGGGAGAAAGAUGCUAAGAAUGGGAUGAUCUUGAAUGGAGGAGGGGAUUUGAUGGAAGAAUUUGAGGAUGCACUUGUACAGCAACGGAGAAAUUGCGUGUCUGGCGCCGGGUUAAGAAAAUCUGAAGAAGAUCGUUUAAGAACCAACAUUCAGCAUCGAUUGUCCGAGCUUCAAAAGUUACCUUCAAGUAGAGGAGAAGAUUUGCAGAUGAAGUGCUUAAUUGAGCUUUAUGGGUUGAAGUUAGCGGAUUUACAAAGUAAAGUUCGGUGUAAUGUAAGCGAUGAGUACUGGUUGAGUGAGAAAUGUGCUUAUGCUGACAAGCAAUUGUUUGAUUGGGGGUUAAUGCGAUUGCCUGGUCCUAGGAUGUAUGGUAUUGCAGAUGCGUUUGCUACGGAAAGAGAUGACCGACAGCGGGGUAAGAAGCGAGAUGCUGAGACGGCGUCAAGGAUAGGGGAGGAGGAAAAGAGCCGGAUUGAAAUCAGGCAGAGGAAAUUCUUUGGGGAAAUUCUUAAUGCGUCGCGUGAAUUUCAAAUGCAUGUACAAGCUGUUUUGAAACGCAGGAAACAUAGAAAUGAUUAUGUCCUGACAUGGCACAGACAGCAAACGCAACGUGUUAAGCAACGUCUUACAAGGGAGGAGAAAGAAAGAUUUCAAGCACUGAAAGUUAAUGAUGUGGAGACUUAUGAGAGAUUGGUGAAGGAGAGCAAGAAUGAAAGGUUAACGAUGUUUCUUGGCAAAACUAAUGAUCUUCUUAUGCAGUUGGGAGCUGCUGUUCAAAAGCAGAAAGAUGCAGAACUUGAUUGUUCUAAGAGUGAGAGCCGAGCGGAAUUGGCUCCAGGGGGAGAUGAAGAUAUGCUGGAUGAUUCUGACACCAAUGUGAAGUCAAAUGAUCUACUAGAGGGCCAAUUUCAGUAUGAUUCCGCUAUCCAUUCAAUUCAGGAGUCGAUAACAGCGCAACCAACCAUGCUUGAAGGCGGAGAACUAAGGCCUUACCAGGUAGAAGGCCUUCAAUGGAUGGUUUCUUUGUUCAAUAAUAAUUUAAAUGGCAUGCUAGCUGAUGAGAUGGGACUAGGUAAGACAAUUCAGACCAUAGCCUUAAUUGCAUAUCUCGGGGAGAACAAGAAUGUUACAGGCCCGCAUUUGAUUAUUGCUCCAAAAGCUGUACUUCCUAACUGGGUUAACGAAUUCAAAACGUGGGCUCCUAAGAUUGUGACCAUUUUAUAUGAUGGGAAAAUGGAUCAAAGGAAGGCAAUGCGGGAGAAAUAUUCACGAGAGUACAAGUUCAGCGUGAUGAUUACUCAUUAUGAUUUGAUAAUGCGAGACAAGGCAUAUCUGAAGAAAAUUCACUGGCAUUACAUGAUUGUUGAUGAGGGGCAUCGGUUGAAAAAUCAUGAGUGUGCACUUGUGCGCACCCUUGUAAAAGGAUAUCACAUUCGGCGUAGACUUCUGUUAACUGGAACUCCAAUACAGAACAAUCUGCAAGAGUUAUGGGCCUUGCUAAAUUUUCUGCUGCCUACCAUUUUUAAUUCGGUGCAGAAUUUUGAGGAAUGGUUUAGUGCACCUUUCGCAGACAGAUGCGAUGUUUCUCUGACAGAUGAAGAACAACUAUUGAUUAUCCGCCGUUUGCAUCAGGUUAUAAGGCCCUUCAUACUGAGAAGGAAGAAAGCUGAGGUGGAGAAGUUCCUCCCCAAGAAAACUCAGGUCAUAUUGAAAUGCGAUCUGUCAGCAUGGCAGAAAGUUUACUACCAGCAAGUCACCGAUUACCGGAGGGUUGGCCAGGAUACUGAAUUAGGCACCUCAAAAAGUCUUCAGAAUUUGUCAAUGCAACUCAGGAAGUGCUGUAACCAUCCAUACUUGUUCGUGGGGGAUUAUAACAUUUGGCAAAGAGAGGAGAUUGCCAGGGCUUCAGGUAAAUUCGAACUGCUUGAUCGCUUACUUCCAAAACUUAAAAAAGCAGGGCACCGAGUUUUACUUUUUUCCCAAAUGACCCGUCUUAUCGACAUUCUUGAAAUUUACCUUCAACUUCACAAUUAUAAGUUUCUAAGGCUGGAUGGAUCAACGAAGACGGAAGAUAGAGGGACUUUGUUGAAGCAGUUCAAUGCACCUGACUCUCCUUACUUCAUGUUUCUAUUGAGUACCCGUGCUGGGGGUUUAGGUCUAAAUUUACAAACUGCGGAUACUGUGAUAAUGUUUGACAGUGAUUGGAAUCCUCAAAUGGAUCAACAGGCAGAAGAUCGAGCACAUCGUAUUGGUCAAAAGAAGGAAGUUAGAGUUUUUGUUCUGGUUAGUGUUGGAUCCGUUGAAGAGGUUAUCUUGGAACGCGCGAAACAGAAAAUGGGUAUUGAUGCCAAGGUUAUUCAGGCAGGAUUGUUCAAUACUACUUCCACAGCUGAGGACAGAAAAGAGAUGUUGAAGGAGAUCAUGCGUAGAGGUACAAACUCAUUGGGAACAGAUGUACCUAGCGAGAGAGAAAUCAACCGCCUUGCAGCACGGUCAGAUGCUGAAUUCAGGAUGUUCGAGUUGAUGGAUGAAGAGAGAAGACAAAGGGAGAAGUACAGAUCAAGGUUAAUGGAGGACCAUGAAGUCCCCGAUUGGGUACACUCAGCUGCAAGGGCAGAAAAAGCUAAAGAGCCAGAACCUGAUAGUGGCUUCUUUACAGGCAAGCGACAAAGAAAAGAAGUUGUUUAUGCUGACAACUUGAGUGACCUACAAUGGAUGAAAGCUAUAGAACAUGAAGAAGACUUGGCAAAACUUGAAGCAAAAAGCAAAAGGAGAGAAACUCUUGCUCCCGAGACCAGUCGAUCAACCAGUCAAAAUGCAAGGGGAUAUCAAAUACUAUCUGAAUCAAGAAACCAUGACGAAUCAAUGGUCAGUGAAGAAGCAUCAGAGUCUACUUACGCCGAACGAACCCCUAAAAGGCUGAAAUCUGUUCCAUUGAGGUUCAGAAUUCCUGUACCUGGAAGUGGUAGUGCCCUGAGAGGUGAUGAUGGGAUCACACCGACGACCCACAAGAGAAAGAGAUGAACUGCAAUAACAUCUGAUGUGUGACAGGCAGCAGACACCUAAUGGUCAGAGGAAGUAGAUGAAUUCUGGCUGAAAUGUUCUUGAAGUCUUGUAAUUCUUAGAUUAGAAAGAGAAAAGAAAAAGAAAAAAUCAAUACAAUUUCUGAAGCCUUAAAUGCCCUUGUACUUUCUGACGUUUUAUGAAAGAGGUCAUUAGAUUUUCUUAAUCA